AAUCCCCCCCCUCGGCCUCCCAGAGUGCUAGGAUUACAGGCGUGAGCCAAUUUGCCUGGCCUCAGAUUGCUUCUUUGCUAAUUAUUUGAUGUGUGCUUUUGGUAAUUCAAAUUCUGGAAGGCAUUGCUAGGAAUAAAACAAAAUCUUUCUUAUUUCUGAGGCAGGGGAGUGGAAGGGAUAGAGGUGGUGAACUCUGCAUGGAGCGUUCUUGUAGUUUCUGCUCGCUGGGGCAAUGAUGGUUGUUUUAAAAGGCCCUGGCCUUGGAGAACAUAGUAGUUGCGGUGACGGUCGAUGUAAACCAGAGAAAGAGGCCCAGUACAUGCUCUGAGGAAAACUACUGGCAGAUGAGGGCAGAGGUGAUGCUCAGUAGUUUGAGAAAUGUACUGGGGAAAACCUCGGAGGGAGGGCAUGUUUGGGUCCCGGGGCAGCGGGGCGAAGGCCCCUGGGGGAGGCAUCCUUGUGGUGCAGAGGCUGCCUUGCCAGGCGGCACAGCCUCCUGCCGCACUGCUGCACACUUGUGGGUAAAGCCUCCUCCCCAGCUCCUCAGGGAUUGCUGUGGGGAUUUGGUGGACAUACAGCUUAAAUGACAUGCACUGAAGAUGCUAGCCCCCGCACCUGACAAGGUGCACUCUCUGCUUCUGAUCUCUCCUUCUAGGUGAAGGACUUUCAGCAGCUGUGGUGUGUGUCUUUCCCAGUGAAGGCUGCAUAGAAUAAAAACAGCUGAUACUGGCUUGAGACUGCAGGUGGGGCUGGGCCCCUCCCUGCUGGCCCUCCAGGGUGCUCUCUGUGUGAGCUGCAGCCGCCCAUCAUUAGUCUGGAUGGGAAGACCUGACGCCUUGGCCCUGUGGACCAGCGGGCCCUGCACUCGCUCUGCCCUCCUGCCUCAGGACCUCCAUGGAUGGAAACCCUGAGGGGCUGGCUUCUCCCCCAAAGCUCACUUUGGGAUCUCUGCUCCACCUGCUUGCGACAGAGAGAGCAGGGUCUGGAGCUGCGUGCUGUGCCGGAGAGCUCCGGUUACUAUCACAGAAGCCGUGUUCCUCAUCCUGUAAGUGAAAGACUCUUCCCAGCAGCUUUCAGCCACAGCUUCGAUUUCAGGCCUGUCACUAGGGGGACUGCCUGUACCCCGAAGGAAAGGGUAAUGCAAAAGGACCAUGUGUGUGCUAUCAAGAUGGCGGGCACCCAGCCUUUACGACAAGAAACGAGUUUCCACUGCAUAAGUUUUUGUCUACACCAUGAAGUAUUUAAUAGUAGAACUCCUGGAAAGCGGUGACCACUGCUCUAAGAUGAUGUGUUCACAUGAGCUACUUACUCUAUUUCUCAGUAAUAUUUAUGAUCAGCCAUAUUCAUAGAAGCAUCCUGAAAGAUGGGAUUAUUAUGAAAAAGUGAAGAUAAUCUACAUUUGGGGGCACAAAUGAGCAUUUGGAUCAACUUUUUAUUGGCCUAAGAUGUUAAUAUGAUGAAGCAGCCAGAAUAGUUAUGGUCAGUCAUGGAGGAUAACCUGGAAACUUGUCCCAAAGGGGACAGUGAUUUUGUUUCUGAUAAAAUAAAUUUUAAAAUAGAAGAAGAAGAUGAUGAUGAUCCAACUCCUGCACACAGUCUGGAAAGAGUGGACCUUAAAAGGGAGCGAGAGGACAUGAAUCAGACGGACAGCAGCGAUGAGCAGGCGGAGGCCAGAGAGGCGAGCUGCAACGGGAAGCCCCCUGGGAAGCACCUGCCCCCCGAGAGCGAGGAUGACUACGGGUCUCUGUUCUCCCAGUACAGCAGCACGCUGUACGACGUCGCCAUGGAAGCCGUGACGCAGAGCCUCCUCUGCAGCCGAAACAUAAGCUCCAGGAAGAAGUCCCCGGCUUGGAAACAUUUCUUUAUCUCUCCUCGGGAUAGCACUAAAGCAAUAUGUAUGUACUGCAUGAAAGAGUUUAGUAGGGGUAAAAACGAGAAGGACUUAAGUACAAGCUGUCUCAUGAGGCACGUGCGUCGAGCACACCCCACCGUGCUCAUUCAGGAAAACGGGAGCCUGUCCGCCGUGUCCUCCAUCCCGUCCCCCUCGCUCCUGCUUCCGCCGCAGCCCGCAGAGGCGGGAGACCUCAGCACCAUACUCUCGCCCAUCAAGCUUGUCCAGAAAAUGGCACCCAAGAUCCCAUCCCCCGAUCGGAUAACGGAGGAAUCCGUGUCUGCGGUUUCUUCUGAGGAAGUCUCCUCCGACAUAUCCGGUUCUGAGAAGUACGGCCGGGAAGAAGCCCUGGUGGGGUCGUCUCCCCACCUGCCCCCUCUCCAUUACGACGAAGCCACAGAGCACACGGCAGAGAAGAACCUCCCCCUGCCAAAGAGCACGUCCGGGUCCAGGAGGAGGUCUGCCGUCUGGAAGCACUUCUACCUGUCGCCCCUGGACAACUCCAAAGCCGUCUGCGUCCACUGCAUGAACGAGUUCAGCCGGGGCAAGAACGGGAAGGACCUGGGCACCAGCUGCCUCAUCAGGCACAUGUGGCGCGCGCACCGCUCCAUCGUGCUGCAGGAGAACGGCGGCGCGGGCGUCCCCGCCCUCUACUCCGCCCCGCCCACCCUCCUGCCCGCCCUGCUGUCCCCCGAGGGGGAUCCGAGCUCCACGUCCUCGUCCCCAGGAAAGCCGGGCAGAGAGACCCCUUCCGCUUCUUCCUCUCCCGACCGGCUGGCGGAAGACCUGCCGUCACAUCUGAGCCCCGGAGACGCGCUGCUGGAAGCCGUGUCCGUGUUGUCGUCCUCCGGUGACGUCGGGGAGGCCCCCGCGUCCUCUCCCGAGAAGCAGCCGGCCCACGGGUUGCGGCCCCGAACGUUUGAGUCCGGUGCCGUCUUCCAGCAGAACAAGAAGGUCAUGAGGAGACUGAAGUCGGAAGUGUGGCAUCACUUCUCGCUGGCGCCCAUGGACAGCCUCAAGGCGGUGUGCAGGUACUGCAGCUGCGUCAUCAGCCGCGGGAAGAAGGGCGACGUGGGCACCAGCUGUCUGAUGCGGCACCUGUACAGGCGCCAUCCUGAGGUCGUCGGGAGCCAGAGGGCCUUUCUGGGUGCGGGCCUGGCCAAUUCUCCGUAUGCCACUUUGGCUUCUGCAGAAAGUUCCUCCUCCAAACUGACUGACUCGCCAGCCAUGGUCACAAAAACGAAUCAGGUUAUGUUUCCAGUUAAUAGCAAAAAGACCUCAAAGCUGUGGAAUCACUUUUCUAUUUGCUCCGCAGACUCCACUAAAGUCGUGUGCUUGCACUGCGGCCGGACUAUCAGCAGAGGGAAGAAGCCCACCAACCUGGGCACCAGCUGCCUCCUGAGACACCUGCAGAGGUUCCACGGCAACGUGCUGAAGACCGACGCCUCGGAGACAGCACGGCCCUCCCCCCCGGACAGGCGUGCGCCGCCAAGCACGGAGUCGUCAGGAGUUUCCUCCUUCGAUGACACCAACGAGAAGUUUUAUGAUUCUCACCCCGUUGCCAAAAAAAUCACCAGUCUCAUAGCUGAAAUGAUCGCACUUGACCUUCAGCCAUAUUCCCUUGUAGACAAUGUUGGCUUUAACAGGCUGCUCAAAUACUUGAAACCUCAGUACUCCCUGCCCUCCCCGUCUUACUUCUCCAGGACGGCCAUCCCAGGCAUGUACGACAAUGUGAAGCAGGUCAUCAUGUCGCAUCUCAAGGAAGCCGAGAGUGGUGUGAUCCACUUCACUUCUGGAAUAUGGAUGAGCAGCCAGACCCGCGAGUACCUGACCCUCACGGCCCACUGGGUCUCCUUCGAGUCCUCGGCGCGCCCGCGCUGCGAGGACCACCACUGCUCGGCGCUGCUGGACGUGUCGCAGGUGGACUGCGACUACAGCGGCAACAGCAUCCAGAAGCAGCUGGAGUGCUGGUGGGAGGCCUGGGUGACCUCCAUCGGCCUGCAGAUCGGCAUCACGGUGACCGACAACCCGAGCAUCGGAAAGACGCUGAACGACGGGGAGUACACGAGCGUGCAGUGCUUCAGCCACACGGUCAACCUGAUCGUGAGCGAGGCCAUCAAGAGCCAGAGGAUGGUGCAGAACCUGCUCAGCAUCGCCCGCAAGGUCUGCGAGCGGGUGCAGCGGUCGCCGCGCGCCAAGGAGAAGCUGGCGGAGCUGCAGCGGGAGUACGCGCUGCCGCAGCACCACCUCAUCCAGGACGUGCCGUCCAGGUGGAACACGUCGUUCCACAUGCUCGAGCGGCUCGUCGAACAGAAGCGGGCCAUCAACGAGAUGUCGGUGGAGUGUAACUUCAGAGAGCUGAUCAGCUGCGACCAGUGGGAGGUCAUGCAGUCCGUGUGCCACGCGCUGAAGCCCUUCGACGCGGCGAGCAGGGAGAUGAGCGCCCACGUGUCCACCCUCAGCCAGGUCAUCCCCAUGAUCCACAUCCUCACCAGGAAGGUCGAGAUGCUCUUCGGGGAGACGAUGGGCAUCGACACCAUGCUGAAGUCCUUGAAGGAAGCCAUGGUGAGCCGGCUGGCCGCCACCCUCCACGACCCCAGGUACGUCUUCGCCACGCUGCUGGACCCCCGUUACAAAGCCUCCCUGUUCACAGAGGAGGAGGCGGAGCAGUACAAGCAGGACUUAAUCAGGGAACUAGAAAUACUGAAUUCUACCUCAGACGACACGCUUGCCUCCAACGGGCGUGCCGCAGGCUCCCCGUCGAAAGACUCGACCGGAGAGGAGAGCCUGUGGUCGCUCAUGGCCAAGAUGAAGAAGAAAGGUCCGAGGGAGAAGCUACCCGAGGACAUGGUGCUCGCAUACCUGGAGGAGGAGGUGCUGGAACACGGCUGUGACCCACUCGCCUACUGGAACCUCAAGAAGUCGUCCUGGCCGGGGCUGUCGGCUCUGGCCGUCAGGUUUUUGGGCUGUCCCCCAAGUAUCGUCCCUUCAGAAAAGCUGUUCAGCACGCCCACUGAGAACGGCAGCUUCGGCCAGUCCAGGCUCAUGAUGGAACAUUUCGAAAAACUUAUCUUUUUGAAAGUGAACCUCCCCUUAAUCUACUUUCAGUAUUGAAGCUCACAGCGGAGCCCCAGACUGGCGAUGUCGUUGCUUCUUGGGCAUCGGCGGUUGGUGCCGGGCUGCGACUCCGCCCGGGGCCGCGCGGCCUCAGACCAGGCACUCUCAGGGCCGACUCCAGCUCUCGCCGAAACUCUGCAGGUGCCUUACUCCUCCCACUCCUUCAGGCCAGGUAGCGCGGUGUGUUUUUUAAGAAGUCCGCUAGAAAUAGCUUGUAUUGUCCACUAUGAAAUACGAUGACUAGGUUUUAAUUCAUAACUGUAAAGUUUUUUAAAAGCUGGGAUUUAGUAAUUUGUUUUGCUAGAACGGCAGAAAAGAUGUAAAUAAUUUUUAUUCUGUAGGCUUUUUACUCAAUUAUGUAAAAAAAAAAAAAAACCCACAAAUCAGGUACUGUAUUUUAGUUAAACAUUGCUUUAAUUGCAACAAAGCAGCUUUUGUGGCUGUCAGAUGAAAUCUGUAAAUAGGAGGUGGAGGUCAAGCCAUCCUGACUGAGCAGUUCUUAACUGCAGGCUCUAAAGUAUGUCUAGGAGUACAGAGAAUAUUCUGGAAGGUAACUGUUUACUGCAACAGAGACGUGGCAUUUGAAAACAGAACUAAACUUCAAUAUAUCCUGGAGUGUCAGUUACGUGGUUACUUGGUAACAAGAACUUUCCCAUUUCAGGUCUUUGCGUUUAGGUUUUACAUGGUCAGUUAACUCAGAGAGAUCUCAACUGUUUAUCAUGAGCACCUUUGAAAUCUGGUCUGAAUUUAUACAUUCGCGCUCAUUGUUUAGCCAGUGCAUAAUGUGACUUGUUCACAGCAGAGGGUCUGCUGUUUAAAUCUCCACGCCUCUGAUUUAGUGUCUCUGCGCUAGGAAGCUGUCUUUUAAAAUGUGUGCACUGAUCAAAUUAUGUGUAGAAUUCUUUUUAGAAGAGAUGGCUUAUUAACAGGGAAGAAGCUGGUUAUAUUACAGCUGUAAGAGUAUUCUUAGGUGUUUAGAUUUUUUUUUAUGAUAGGGAAGAUUCAGCCAUCGCUGGGAUAUCUUAGAAUCCCACGGACAUCAGAAUGAAGUAUUGGUUGUCAGAUUCUUUUAAUAAUUAUGUCUUCAGAAUUUUUUGCUUUAUCUUAAGGUUAAGUUUCUCAUUUCAAACCUAUUAAAUAUUCUGGGUGAGACAAAUCACUCACUUGCCUACGACUUUUUAGAAAAGUUACUGUUUUGUUAAAAUACUGUACCUAUGCUUAAUCUAAAGUUGCAUUGACUGUUUUAGUGUAUUUAUAAAUGGUGAACUCAGUUUCUGAAAUUAAACUUUUUAUUUGGAA